UCGCAGUCUUUGAUUUUAAUUAAAUUUGGUAAGAGAGAGAUUUAAUUUCUCGGGAGAAUAUAUUUUCUGUUUUCCUCUUCUUCGAUUCGAUGUGAUCCCGCCAAACAAACUCUUUACUCUCUCCUCCUCCUCACGAUAUUCUCCACCGUCGAUUCUUCAGCCCUUCUCUCUCUCUCUCUCCGUUGAUCUGUGCUUUGUCGCCGGAAAAGUUCUCUGAAUUUUCGACAUUAGAAGCUUCUUCGUGAUAUUGUCUUUUAUGAAGGGACAUCGGAGUAGCGACGAGAUUUAUGAUGCUUUGUGGUUCUUUGCGAGAUCGAAUACAGCCUUGGCUUCGCGACUAUGUUAGGCUCCAAUCUCUCGCCGUCAUCCUUAUUUACACUCAGAUUGGGUGUGCGCUGAUUGGAUCACUAGGAGCAUUAUACAAUGGAGUUUUGCUAAUAAACUUGGCGAUUGCGUUGUUUGCGCUUGUGGCAAUCGAGAGCAAUAGCCAAAGUCUCGGCAGGACCUACGCUGUUCUUCUUUUCUGCGCUAUUCUUCUUGAUGUCUCGUGGUUCAUUCUUUUCACCCAUGAGAUAUGGAGCAUUUCAGCUGAGACGUAUGGAACCUUCUUCAUAUUUUCAGUGAAGCUGACCAUGGCUAUGGAAAUGAUUGGCUUCUUUGUGAGGCUGUCGUCGUCACUCUUAUGGUUUCAGAUUUAUAGGCUGGGGGCUUCUAUUGUGGACAAUUCACUUCCUCGUGAAACAGAUUCAGAUUUACGAAAUAGCUUCUUGAACCCACCAACUCCUGCUAUAGCUAGACAAUGUUCAGGUGCAGAAGAAAUCUUGGGAGGUUCUAUGUACGACCCAGCCUACUACACCUCUCUUUUUGAAGAGGGCCAAACCAAUAUGAAUUCACCCAAGGCAACACAGGUGAAUCAUUAUUUAGCUGGGAACAAUGGAUCACCAUCUGCUGCAGAAGCCUCUCAGAUUAAGUCUCCCACAUCCAGAUCACUACAUGCAAUUGAUGAAGAGAAGGGUUUGAAGCAACCGGGGAUGUCUUCAUUAUGAGAACCCCAUUCAAGAACGGUGGUGCUGUUUUACAUUCUAAACAAGCAACUUGCCUGCUGUGCAUUAGCUAAUGUUUAGGAUAUGAAGCAGACGCAACUAUUAUUGGGCUAGCGAGGGAAUCAUGAAAUCUUCAUGUCCAUACAGAGGGCAGCAAGAUUAUAUACCACCUAUCAGGAGAUGAGAUUCUAUAUGUUAGACGCCAAGUAAGCACCGUUUCUACUUUUGCUUUUUUCAUCAUUUAUUUUGUAUGAAAAUAUUUAUUUU